GGGAGAUACUCCACAUAGCUAACCGCCGGCCGAUACAAAGCGCGGGUAUGCGACCACGAUACCCCAUCACCUGAACACCUGGAGCAGAGCACGCCGCUCUUCUUACUAUUGCCCCUUCUUUUCCUUCGACCUGUAGAGCACCAUUUUUGGCUUCAAACAAUGAAUUCCAUACGAUCCAUCCGCUCGUUGAGCGUUCUACGACAGUCCUUCCCUCUAGCGAGAGCUACAAAGAUACUUGCAUCCACCUCAAGCAACAGCUAUAGCUCCUCCGCCCUCUCUGCCGGAAAGCGAAAGCUCAACCAUCCCAUCGAGUUCAAUGCCUCCAGCUACCUGUCUCACACACCUCAACAAUGCCUCUCAUCGCCGGAGCUCUCCUCGGCCGUCAAAUCGACGAAAACCAAGCGGAUGAACCUCUACAGCGCGAUCAACGACGCCCUAUCCACGAUCCUCGAAACGGACUCGAAAUCGCUAAUCUUCGGCGAAGACGUAUCCUUCGGCGGCGUGUUCCGGUGCACGACCACACUGCUCGACCGCUUCGGCUCGCAGCGAGUCUUCAACACGCCGCUGACGGAGCAGGGAAUAAUGGGCUUUGCGAUUGGCCUCUCCGCGUCCGGGUACACCGCGCUGCCAGAGAUCCAGUUCGCGGACUAUCUGUUCCCCGCGUUCGAUCAGCUGCAUAACGAGGCGAGUAAGUGGCGGUACAGGAGCGGCGGCGCGAAGGGAUUCAAUAGUGGGAAUCUGGUGAUUCGCAUGCCGUGCGGUGCGGUCGGGCACGGAGGAUUAUACCACUCCCAAAGCCCCGAGGGGUUUUUCCUCGGAAUGCAGGGGGUUAAGGUAGUGAUACCCCGUGGCCCAGCGCAGGCGAAGGGAUUGCUCAUCGCGGCGGCGAGGUGUGGUGAUCCGGUGGUGUUCAUGGAGCCGAAGGUUCUGUAUCGUGGCGCGGUGGAGGAGGUGCCGGUGGGGGAGUACACACUCCCCAUUGGCAAAGCGCAGGUGGUGCAGGAGGGGAAGGAUGUGACGCUGAUCAGUUACGGGACGAUGCUGUAUACGUGUGAGGCUGCGGCAAAAGCGGCGAAGGAGAAAUUGGGGGUGGAUGUGGAAGUGAUCGAUUUGAGGACUGUUCAUCCGUGGGAUAAAGAGACGGUCGUGGCGAGUGUGAAUAAGACGGGGAGGUGUGUCGUGGUUCAUGAGGCCUCGAGGACGGGCGGGAUUGGGGAGAGUGUCGGUGCCGAAGUUCAGGAGAGGUGUUUUCUGAGACUGGAGGCACCGGUGACGAGGGUUACGGGGUGGGAUGUUCCCAUGCCGUUGGUUUUUGAGAACCUGAUAAUUCCGGACGUUGCCAGGGUCUUUGACGGAAUCAAGAGGACGAUCGAGUACUAAACGCUUCUGAAGUUGAAGGAGUUGGGAGUUUUCUUCCUUACCGGAGCAUGUUGAUCCGCUGUACACAUUGUUUGUAGAUGCUUAGAGACAUAUUUCACAUAUACAUACCAUCAUAUCACAGAA